CAUAUGGUAGUUUUAUUUUUAGCAACCUCCAUACUACUUUUAUAAUGGCUGUACCAAUUUAUAUCCCCACCAACACUGCACAAAGGUUCUGUUUUUUUGACGACCUUGUUACCUCUUGUCUUACUGGUAAUAGCCAUUCUGACAGUUGUGAGGUGAAAUAUCAUUGUGGUUUAGUUCUGCAUUUUCCCAGUAAUUAAUGAUGCUGGGCACCUUUUUCGUAUUUCUAUUGCCAUUUUUAUGUCGUCUUGGGAAAAAUGCCUAUUCAUGCUUUUGGCCAUUUUUUAAUCAGGUUAUCUUUUUUUUUUUUCUAUCAAGUGGUGUGAGUUCCUUAUAGAUCUUAGAUAUUAAUCCCUUAAUUUUCUGUGUUUUAAAAGAAUUGAGUUUCCAGGCACAGACGGGUUUUUUUUUUGUGUUAGUGCAUGGUUUUCAAGUUUUCCAGUGUGGUCUCACCAAAAUGGUGUGAGGAAGAAACUUAUUUAUUUAAAAAAUUAAGUAUCACUUCUUGGUGAGUAGAGUAUACGUAGCGGCAGAUUUCUUUAAACUUUUUUGAAUUAAGAGGGAUAAACAUAUGUCCUGGAAGACUUGAGGAUUUUAAUUUUGUUUAAAGAAUCAAUCAUACUGUGCCCUUCAAAUGACUAAUGUCUUUGCCAUUUUACAGCAUCCUGAGGUUAGCGUUAAACUUGUCCCAGUGGAGCCCAUGACUUCUGAUCAGGACGCUAAGGUUGUGGCUGAACCGCAGACGCAGAGAGUCCAGGAGGGCAAGGACAGUGCUCAUCUGAUGAAUGGUCCUAUAUCUCAAACCACUUCUCAGACAAGUUCCAUCCCACCUUUGAGUCAGAAAACACUCCUCAGCUACCGGUGUCAGAGGACGGUGUUAUUUGGGGAUGGCAUGAUAGAGAUGGACAGUUCGUACCAGCAACUAAGGUUUCAGAGCUGAACCCUAAUGCAGAAGUGUGGGGGGCUCCUGUGUUACAUCUGGAAGCAAGCAGUGCAAAUGUGAGUGCCGCGUGGGAGGAGGCGCGUGGCCACCACUCAGACUGUGGCCAGCAGGGAUCGGAUGCCAGUGGUGAUGGUGACCAGAGCCAUGAGAAUGCAGCAUUGCCAGACCCACAGGAGUCGGACCCAGCAGACAUGAAUGCUCUCACUCUGGGUCCUGCGGAAUAUGACUCUCUUCCUGAAAGUAGUGAAACAGGAGGAAAUGAGUCUCAACCAGAAAGCCAGGAAGACCCCCGAGAAGUACUUAAAAAAACAUUGGAAUUCUGCUUAUCUAGGGAGAACCUUGCUAGUGACAUGUAUCUUAUAUCACAGAUGGAUAGUGACCAGUAUGUGCCAAUCACAACGGUGGCUAACCUUGACCACAUCAAGAAGCUCAGCACUGAUGUCGACUUGAUUGUGGAAGUGCUAAGAUCUUUGCCUUUAGUCCAAGUGGAUGAAAAGGGAGAAAAAGUAAGGCCAAAUCAAAAUCGCUGCAUAGUAAUAUUGCGUGAAAUCUCUGAAUCUACCCCUGUGGAAGAAGUAGAAGCACUAUUUAAAGGAGAUAAUUUACCGAAAUUUAUAAACUGUGAAUUUGCCUAUAAUGAUAAUUGGUUUAUUACAUUUGAAACAGAAGCUGAUGCACAACAGGCUUAUAAAUACCUUCGAGAAGAAGUCAAAACUUUUCAAGGAAAACCAAUUAAGGCGCGGAUUAAAGCAAAGGCGAUAGCUAUAAACACAUUUUUGCCAAAGAAUGGAUUUAGACCCCUGGACGUGAGCCUGUACGCCCAGCAGCGCUACGCGACAUCGUUCUACUUCCCUCCCAUGUACAGCCCCCAGCAACAGUUCCCUCUGUACAGCCUGAUCACGCCCCAGACGUGGUCAGCAACACACAGCUAUCUCGACCCACCCUUGGUAACUCCAUUUCCAAAUACUGGAUUUAUAAAUGGAUUUACGUCUCCAACGUUCAAGCCUGCAGCGUCUCCUCUGACUUCCCUCAGACAGUAUCCUCCUCGAAGCAGGAAUCCUAGUAAAUCUCAUUUGCGCCAUGCGAUUCCUAGUGCAGAGAGAGGACCUGGGUUAUUAGAAAGUCCUUCAAUAUUUAACUUCACUGCAGAUCGAUUAAUUAAUGGUGUCCGGAGUCCACAAACAAGGCAAGCAGGUCAAACUAGAACACGGAUACAAAACCCUUCAGCAUACGCCAAGAGAGAGGCUGCACCUGGGCGUGUGGAGCCAAGCAGUCUUGAAUCCUCUCCUGGUUUAGGGAGGGGAAGGAAGAAUUCCUUUGGCUACCGGAAGAAAAGGGAGGAGAAGUUUACAAGCAGCCAGACGCAGUCUCCAACGCCACCAAAGCCUCCGUCGCCAAGCUUCGAGCUGGGGCUAUCCAACUUCCCUCCGUUACCUGGAGCUGCGGGCAAUUUGAAGACAGAGGACUUGUUUGAAAACAGGCUAUCUGGCUUGAUAAUAGGAUCAUCCAAAGAAAGGACCCUCAGUGCAGAUUCGAGCAUGAAUACUCUUCCUGUAGUGGUCUCCAGAGAGCCCUCGGUGCCGGCGUCUUGUGCUGUAUCAGCAACAUACGAGAGAUCCCCCUCCCCAGCUCAUUUACCCGAUGAUCCCAAGGUGGCGGAGAAACAGAGGGAAGCCCACAGUGUGGACAGACUUCCUCCCGCCCUCACUGCGACAGCAUGUAAAUCGGUGCAGGUGAACGGAGCCGCCACGGUACGUACCUCGUGCCUGCCUUCCUGCACGACAGCCGCGAGGCUCUGGUGUGAACAGACGCUGCGCACUCCUGCACCUGCUCGUUUUUUAAUCACAUCUAAUUUGGAAUUGCGAAAGCCCAGCUACGCAGAGAUUUGUCAGAGAACGAGUAAAGAGCCUCCUUCUUCCCCAUUGCAACCCCAAAAAGAACAAAAGCCAAACACUGCUAGUUGUGGGAAGGAGGAAAAGAAGCUGGCAGACCCUGUGGAGAGAUACCGGGAGCCCCCAGCCCUCAAGUCCACACCUGGAGCCCCCAGAGACCAGAGGCGGCCGGCAGGGGGCCGACCCUCGCCCUCAGCCAUGGGGAAGCGUCUCAGCCGAGAGCAGAGCACUCCCCCCAAGUCUCCUCAGUGAAAACCGUACGUCUGGGAGGGGUCGCAGAGCGCUGUGUUAACCACAAAUGAGACACUCUUCCCACUCAGUGCGAGGGCGAGCCGCUGGUUAGGAGCUUGCAGUGUCUGAGGCCCGUGGGAUCCUCAAGUUGGUUUUCUUCUGUGAGUUGGAUUCUCCCCUCUUGAAAAAAAAUCAAUUUUUCAGGAUUUAAUUAAUACAAACCUUAUUUUAGGUUGGUGCUUAACUGGAGGUGAUGCAUAAGUCUGAUUUUUUUUUUUUUCCCAAGAUAGAAAAUGCAUUUAUCCUAACAAAUUGGUAUUUUUUAUUAAGCCUCCAUGUGGCUCUGAACUUCAGCAAGCUAUAUAUAGUGAGUUUUUCUAAAUUAAGGGAACUAUACUACUUUUUUUUUUUUUUUUUUUUGGUAACUAGUCUGCAAGUGCGUAUCUCUAGAAUGUCCCCACAGAUGAAUGAGGGCCAGUGGCCCUGGCAGAGGCAGGUGUGGCCUCAUGGAGGCAGUGCUGGCCACGCCAGGGUAUCAGUGCUGAUGUGGGAGCUGUGCUUCCACCUAAGCCGUUAGUAGGGGACUCUGGCAUUUAAGAAUGUAGAGAGCGCAUCCGUUUUGAUCUUGUGGGCAGAGUGAACCUGCAGGGGCCACCCCAGGGAGACACGGAACCUUGGUUCUGACGCACUGCAAGCAAGUAACCAGCUUCUCACUCCAGUUUCAAGUGGUUAUUAUGUAAUAUAAAUUCAAAGCACAUUGUGAAUAGAACCUAAAUGAAAACAUAAACUGUUGCCCACUGACAUGUUACCGGAAGUUGCACCAUGAUGUUAUUUUGACCCCUAUGAGCUGACGGCUCCGGCCCUGCUCUGUGCACAUUUCUGUCUGUAUUCCCCAGCACUCUGGUUGGAGAGAGUCCACAUCUUGGUCAGCUCCAUGUGGACGUCUUCCUGUACUUCUGCAUCAGCACAUGGAUUUAAGAGUUAUGUGAUUGUGAGAGAAUGGUGUUUGUGGUUUUUCCCCUCUUUGGCUGGUGGAGGUUAACGAUCCUGCUCUUUUUCCUCCGAGACGAGGGCCUCAUUGGUUCACUUACGGAAGUGCUGCACUUCAAGAACCAGGAUGCACUAAAGUUAGCAAGUUUAUGAUAAAGUUAAAUAUAAAUUAUUUUGUUUUAAAAUGCCUAAAAUUUUUCUUUAAGUAUUCUAAGCAGCAAACAUUAAAAUAAGAAUAUUUCCUGCUAAAUGUAACCAUACACUUUAUUCCACAAAAUGUUAUUUAACAAGACUGAGGGUUUUUUUUAAGAAAAAAUUAUUUCCAUCCAAUAUUUAAAGACUUGAAUUUUAUUUAAACUUGAAAAUGACUUUGCCUUAACUUUUGUAUAAGACAGCUUAGAGUCCAUGGAGCCCGGCCCUGGGUUGGCGUGAGUGGGUCAGAGUUACUCAGUUACUGUGUGGAUCUCCUGUCGCUAGUUUUACUGAGUAAGCAUACUGUAGUACAAGAGCUAGCAGUAGUUUUUGUAAUAUACCUUAAAGAUCUUAAUAAACAGUUGAUCUUUUUUUCAGAAUGUUGGAAAAUCCUGUAAAUGCAAAUAGUCAAUACUGUAUUAAAUAUGUGCACUUGGGAGUGUGCUUUGCCUGUACAGUUGUAAAUAAUCAGAACAUAUUAAAAAGGUACCCUACAGAGAAAAUUCUGAUAAAAAUUAUUGAUAUAUUAUAAAUGUUGCUGUUGAGCUGGAUGUAGAUAAACUAAGUGUUGUGGUUUGAAUAUUAUUUUUGAUUUGUUGAGAUUUUUUUUCUCUUACAUCGGUGUGUUGAACUGAUUCUGCCUCUUUGCUGCAAAAGGGAAUUGGAAAGUCUUAUUAAAAGCCUCCAGAUGUUUUCAUAAAGUAUGAAAUGCAUACUAAUCAUAUCUAAUGUGAAAGAGUUUUAAAGUAUAGAGAGCAAACCUGGCAGGAUCAUAAACGAAGGUAAAAAGUAAUCUAGUUAACAUCACCUGCAGCUAAGCAUGAUCUACCCGCCAGAGGAAAACAUGCCUGACAUACGUGACCAUUUCCUUUAAAGCAAUUGCAUUAUUCAGAUGCAGAGAAAUAGCCACAGGGCUAGUGUUUUUCAAAUGCAUUUGAAAGAAACACGGGGAUUUAUUUUUUUGUAGUUGUCAGUUCACUGACCCCCCACCCGCCAAAAAAAAUCAGAAAUAAUUAAUCUCUGAAACCCAAACUCAAUACUCUAAAAGCUGGGAGGCAACCCUGAGGCCUGGGCCUUUGAGGUGCAUCUUUGCUAGGGAAGGGCCAGGGCGCCAUCAGCCAUUCCCAGAUCACAACCCCCCCCAUCCCCAGUGAAUCCUUGGUUUUUAGUAAUGAGAAGUCCUUUCCCCCAAGGUGUGAGCAUUGCAGCGCAGUGUGUGUGGUUAGAGCCAGCGCAGUCCUUCACUUUGUUUGUCAGCUGAAGUGUGAGCUCACCAGCUGCGUGAGGAGGGCGGCGUGUUCAACAGCCAGUCACCGCUGGAGGGCUCUGCUGCCAUCUGGUCAAUACACUGUAGUACUGCCCAGCCAGCAACAGUCUUUGCAUCAAGAACUGAAACCUUGCUCGGGUGUGAUUUUUAUAGCAUCCUUUUUAAUUAAGCAAAGGUGAAAUACCAGAUAGCUAUAUAAUCUCCAAAAAAAAACCUGAUAUUACUUUGAGCGUUUCCACUCAGAAGAAAAUGGGAAUUACAGUACGAAGCUGUGAUGGUGCAUGCGGGCCAUCAAAAAGCGAUGAGAGUGUCUUUCAUACUUUUUUUUUUUUUUAAAGUUAACGCCUUCCUUUAUCCCUAGUGGUAUCUCAGGUUAUAGAAUCAGAGAUGCAGCAAUGACAAAUGGCAUUUUAACUUGUAAAAUCGUGUGAUGAUGCUUAUCAUUUUGAAAUAGAAGAAUAAAAACCUGGCCAUUUCUCCAAACAUGAAUUUCAAAUGGAGUAGUUGUUCUCUGAGAGUUAGUGUCUUGACAUUUCCACCCAGGCUGUCUGUCAUCACAUCACUGCUGUCACUGGCGGUGGCAGUAAACGUCUUGCAUUGCUGUGUUAGUCAGGAUCUCUGCAGUUCAGGCUUAAAACCAGUUUAGUGUGCCUGGGCGAUGGGUAGUGGUGGUGCAUGCCUGUCAGCGUGCCCCGCUGGCGAGCUGUAGUUGCGGCUUGCAUGCCUCACGGCCCACUAGAGGCCUGCAGACAAUCCAGGCAAGGGCGCUGACCACUGGCAGUUCACAGCGCAGGGGUGCUGCGAAGACACUCUUUGAGGGUUUUGUUUUUGUUCUGCUUCUUUUCAUUAAGACUGGAAUCAAGCUUACAUGUAAACUAUUGGUAAUUUAAGUUUCCUUUUGUGUCAUUCAGUGUAAAACUGUCUUAAUUUGAAAAAAAAAAUGUAGGUUAUGAAAAUAAAGAUUUAGGCACUGUUCAA